GGGCUCGCCUCGCCUCGCCGGCGGGCGGGCCGCGGGGUGCCAGCCGGGGGGGAGUUCUUGCCGCCCCGGGGCCGGCCGCUCCGCUGUCCCUGCCAGCGGGCCCGCGCCCCCUCGGCGGGGUCAGCUCGGGGGGCCGGACCCCACUCUAGAUGGGAUAAGCUGUAAACAUGUUUAGCUUUGAAGGGGAUUUCAAAACAAGGCCCAAGGUGUCUCUCGGAGGAGCGAGUAGGAAGGAAGAAAAGGCUUCUCUCCUGCAUCGUACUCAGGAAGAAAGGAGAAAACGAGAGGAAGAAAGGCGAAGGCUGAAAAAUGCAAUAAUAAUCCAGUCAUUUGUAAGAGGGUACAGAGACAGAAAACAUCAGUACUCUAUCCAAAGAAGUGAAUUUGAUCGCUGUGCUAAUUUGGCCCAAUCUGGAGGAACCUUUUCCACAGCAAGCGGAGCUAAUUUGACUCUCUUAGUUCGUCAGUUACUCUUUUUCUACAGACAGAAUGAGGAUUCUAAACGUUUGGUAUGGAUGUGUCAGAAUUUAAUUAAGCAAAGUUCUCAGUUUGUUAAGCAAUUGGAUGGUCCAGACAGACUUACUUGCUUAUUCCAAAUAAAAAGACUGUUGGGGCUGUGUUGCAGGCUAUUGCAAAAUUGCAAUGAUGACAGUCUGAAUGUUGCACUUCCUAUGAGAAUGCUUGAGGUAUUUUCAUCUGAGAAUACGUAUUUGCCUGUUUUACAAGAUGUCAGCUAUGUGACAUCAUUAAUUGAACAAAUUUUGCACUACAUGAUUCAAAAAGGCUACUACAAGUCGCUUUAUUUGUUAAUUAACAAUAAGCUUCCCUCGAGUAUUGAGUAUUCUGAUGUUUCUCAAGUCCCUGUUGCAAAAAUACUUCUGGAGAAUGUUCUGAAGCCAUUGCACUUUACAUAUAGCUCCUGUCCAGAAGGUGCAAGGCAGCAGAUUUUUGCAGCCUUCACAGAGGAGUUUCUGGCAGCACCUUUUACAGAUCAGAUAUUCCAUUUCAUCAUUCCAGCGCUUGCUGACGUGCAGACCAUUUUCCCUUAUGAACUCUUUCUGAAUGCACUAUUAUUAGCAGAAAGGAGAAGUGAUGAAGCCCCAUGGCUUUUUUACUUUGUAUUAACAGUUGGAGAAACAUACUUGGGAUCCCUUUCAGAAGAAGGACUUCUUGUGUAUUUGAGGGUACUGCAGACUUACCUCUCUCAGCUGCCUGUGUCUGCUUCUGGUACAGAUUGUCAAGAUGCAAACAGUGAUUCUGAAGAUGAGGAUGAAGAGAUCAGUAAAAUGACAGCUGCACCAGGUGAUGGGAGAAUAUCAGUUCAGUACAUAACUGAGGAGUGUCUAAAGAAAUUGGAUACAAAGCAGCAGACAAAUACUCUACUGAAUAUGGUUUGGAGAGAUUCAGCUAGUGAAGAGGUCUUUACCCUGAUGGCAUCAAUCUGCCACACGCUAAUGGUACAACACCGAAUGAUGGUGCCAAAAGUCAGGCUUCUUUAUAGUUUAGCCUUUAAUGCCAGAUUCCUGAGGCAUCUCUGGUAUUUGAUAUCUUCAAUGACUACACGAAUGAUUACAGGGUCUAUGGUGCCACUUCUUCAAGUGAUUUCAAGAGGGUCUCCAAUGUCUUUAGAAGACUCUAGUCGAAUUAUCCCUCUCUUCUACCUUUUUAGUUCUUUGUUUAGUCAUUCACUUAUUUCUGUUCAUGAUAAUGAAUUCUUUGGUGAUCCAAUUGAAGUUGCAGGUCAAAGACAAUCAUCAAUGAUGCCUUUUACACUAGAAGAGCUUGUAAUAUUAUCACGUUGCCUUCGAGAUGCGUGUUUAGGAAUCAUAAAGUUGGCUUACCCAGAAACAAAACCAGAGGUUCGUGAGGAGUAUAUUGCAGCAUUUAGAAGUGUUGGAGUAACAAAAAAUACGGAAAUGCAGCACUGUAUACAGACGGAACAAAAAAGGUGGAUUCAGUUAUUCAAGGUCAUCACAAACCUAGUGAAAAUGUUGAAAUCUAGAGAUACAAGGAGAAAUUUCUGCCCACCAAAUCACUGGCUCUCGGAACAAGAAAACAUUAAAGCAGAUAAGGUUACACAGUUGUAUGUGCCAUCUGCCAGACAUGUCUGGAGAGUCAGAAGAAUGGGAAGAAUAGGACCGUUGCAGUCUACUUUGGAUGUGGGGUUGGAGCCGGCACCUCUUUCUGUAUCUGAAGAACGACAACUUGCAAUUCUGACAGAGCUGCCUUUUGUAGUUCCGUUUGAAGAAAGAGUAAAGAUUUUUCAAAGACUGAUCUAUGCUGAUAAGCAAGAAGUUCAAGGAGAUGGGCCAUUUUUGGAUGGAAUUAAUGUCACUAUAAGGAGAAACUAUAUUUAUGAAGAUGCUUAUGAUAAACUUUCUCCUGAAAAUGAACCUGACUUAAAAAAGCGCAUUCGUGUUCACUUACUUAAUGCACAUGGUCUUGAUGAAGCUGGUAUUGAUGGUGGUGGCAUUUUCAGAGAAUUCCUGAAUGAACUACUUAAAUCAGGAUUUAACCCCAACCAGGGAUUUUUUAAGACCACCAAUGAGGGACUUCUUUACCCCAACCCUGCUGCGCAGAUGCUCGUUGGAGAUUCUUACGCCCGACAUUACUACUUUCUUGGAAGAAUGCUUGGAAAGGCUCUUUAUGAAAAUAUGCUGGUGGAGCUGCCAUUUGCUAGUUUUUUCCUCUCAAAAUUGCUGGGGACAAGUGCUGAUGUUGACAUUCAUCAUUUAGCUUCAUUAGAUCCAGAAAUGUAUAAAAAUUUGCUUUUUCUCAAGAGCUAUGAAGGGGAUGUGGAAGAACUUGGACUGAACUUCACUGUGGUAAAUAAUGACCUUGGGGAAGCACAGGUGAUUGAGCUGAAGCCAGGUGGAAAAGAUAUUCCUGUUACCAGCGCCAACCGAAUCGCGUACAUCCAUCUGGUGGCAGACUACAGGCUAAACAAACAAAUUCGACAGCAUUGCCUUGCUUUCCGUCAGGGACUGGCCAAUGUUGUGAAUCUUGAAUGGCUUCGAAUGUUUGAUCAACAGGAAAUACAGGUUCUGACUUCUGGUGCCCAGGUUCCUAUUAGUUUGGAUGACCUUAAAUCUUUCACAAACUAUUCAGGUGGCUACACAGCAGACCAUCCUGUAAUUAAAAUAUUCUGGAGAGUUGUAGAAAGUUUCACUGAUGAGGAGAAACGCAAACUACUCAAGUUUGUAACAAGCUGCUCUCGACCGCCUCUUCUAGGGUUUAAGGAGUUAUACCCCGCAUUUUGCAUUCACAAUGGAGGAUCUGAUUUAGACAGGCUACCUACUGCCAGUACCUGCAUGAACUUGCUGAAGCUUCCUGAGUUUUAUGAUGAAAAUCUGAUGCGAAGCAAACUCCUUUAUGCCAUUGAAUGUGCUGCUGGAUUUGAAUUAAGCUGAGUCGAACUGAUGCUGAUUUGGAUGAUCUGCAGAGGAACUAACCAGUGCCUACUCUUAAGCAGCACCCAUACCCCAGCAGUUUUAAGGGAAUUCUGUCUAGAUUUCUGCAGCUCUUGUGUCUUAUCAAAUGCCCUCAAAUAAGUUUCAUUUUUAAACACAAUUUCUUAGUUAGCUUUCAUUAAUUAAUAUUACAUUGACACUGCUUUAUGAUUCAGAACAGUGAAUGCUGUGUGCAGUGUGGCUGUUUUCUGUGUUACGCGACGAAAGAGCACAUUUAAAGAACCGUGACAUCUCGGUGAAAUUAACCAAAGAUGAAGCUUUGGCUUUGUGCUGUUCAAACAGAUAAUUUCACAAACUGGCAAUAAAGUUGUGUACCAUGCAGCACAUUGGGAUGAGACAUCCUGUAAUUAAUCUUUUAGAUGGAAGUGAAGCAGAUGUUUGCAGAUACCCCAGAACUGAGAGGAUGGAAAUGCUCAUUACCAAUAACCUAACAUCUUACAUUGUAGAAUUGUUUACAAAUCAUAGUUGUUGCAGAACUCAUGUUUUAUACUACCUGUUGUGGUUUAAGUCCAGCUGGUAACUCAGCAUCACGCAGCUGUUUGCUCACACCCCCUGCCUCCUUCCUCCUUUCCCCCCCGCUCUGGGUGAGAUGGGGAGGAGAACUGAAAGAAUUUAAACCCCACAGGUUGAACAGUCCAAUAACUAAAGUAUAAUAUGAAACUACUACUACUACUACUAAUGAUAAGGUGAAUAACAAGAGGAGAGAAUAUAAAACUAAAAGGGUAAAGGAAAAUAACAAUAAACACAAGUGGUGCACAGUACAAUUGCUCACCACCUGCUGACCAAUAUCCAGCCUGACCUGAGCAACGAUCUGGGCCUUCAGGUGACUCCCUCCCCCUGUUUACAUCCUGGGCAUGACGUGGUAUGGUAUGGAAUACCCCUUUGGCUGUUUGGGUCAGGUGUCCUGUCUCUGCUUCCUCCUGGUUCCUCACUGGCAGAGUGUGAGACUGAAAAGUCCUUGAUCAGGGUAAGUGCUACUGAGCAACAACUGUAACAGUGGUGUGUUACCAGCAUUGUUCUUAGACUGAAGUCAAAACACAGCACUGCACCAGCUACUAGGAAGGAGAAAAAUAACUGUUACAGCUGAACCCAGGACACAACCUUCCCUCAAGAUGGUAGGCACUGAGAUAAAAUGGUUGUAAUACUCCAUUUGUGCUUUCUGAAAUACUUGGAGAAAUCUGAUUUGCGUUAAGUUCAACCUUGGCUGCAUCAUUACCACUUGAACACUGUUGUGAGUGGAUGUGACUAUCCAUAUUUUCUUUGUCCUGUUUCUGUCUUUUGUGCCUGUACAGGUUUUUUGUUUUCUUUUUAAAUGUAUGAGACUCCUGUUGCAUACACAGUACGUACAGAAGCCAUCACUUUGGAAAAGUACACAUGUAACAACUAUUAAAAUUAUUUGAACCAAAGUUAUCAGGCUUUAUCUUUUAUAUUUGAAGCCUGUGGUAUUCACAUUCCUUUUCCCUGUCAUUUCUUUCCAUCUUGAAAUGCCGUAUCUGUGCUGUGGACACUAGUCAAACUCAUUAUUUUUUUGGUGAUGAAACAGCUUUUCUAUCCAUCUGCCUGCGGUUUUUCUGCUAAGAAAAGUAGGUGGGAAUAUGCUGCUUAAUAUAAUUUCGUAUCUGGGAAAAAAAAAUGCUUUCACAUGGAAGGAACUGAUCCUCUGGUGGUAGUAGUAGGCACAUUGUUGGGUGUUCGUAUGCAAACCGCAGUCCAUUUAAAGAAAGGAAUUAUAGUUCAGACUGUAAGAUCCGUAAGUGCAUCCCCGUGAACUUUAGUUUUUUAAAUCAUCAAAAAUUACAAUCAAAUUUGUAUUCAUCUCUUAUGCAAAAAAAUAUUUUGCUGUUACAGGAAACUGUUGGAUUUCAUAUUUAAUAAUCAGUAACCAGCAAUAUCCUUUUAAAUGUGGGAAAACUGAGUGAUUUUAAGAUGUUUACUAGUAACCAUAUAAAAAUGUAUAAUUUCUUAAUUUGGGUAAUAAAUGAUGUGUUAAAAUACUAUUUGUAGUCUUGAUGUACAGAAAUAAAACAAUUGGUUUUCUUUUU